AUGAAAACGUCAAAUCUCUUCCUCAUCAAACCAAUUUCCCCAGGUCGCGUCCCUUUGGAACCGACGACACGCCUCUCCUUCUCCAUAUCUCCUACUUGUCAGGGCUGCUGCUAUCUCCUGUCGUGUCAAUUCUUGGACUGGCCCACGAUGUCGGUUCGGGUGGUCGCGCGGAUUCGCCCUCUCCUUGAGAAGGAGCUGGAUAAGGACACCAUUGUCCGGGCGGACAGCACCGAGGAGGGAAAGCAUGCCACGCUUGUGAAGAUCCCGAGCCCCAAGAACGAGACUGAGGAGUUCUCCUUCGCCUUCAACAGUGUUUACGACCAAUCGACGACGCAGGAGGAACUCUUCACCGCCGAGGUUGCCCCCCAUUUGAAGGCGCUCUUCCAGGGCCUCGAUGUCACUAUAUUCGCAUAUGGAGUCACAGGAACUGGCAAGACGCACACCAUGCGAGGCGGGCUUAAGCUGGCAGAUAGGGGCGUCAUCCCCCGCCUACUCAGUGGUGUCUACCGACGCGGCAAGAAGAUUGCAAAAGACACGGGUGGUGAGACGACGGUGGAUGUUGCUCUGUCCUACUACGAGAUUUACAACGACAAGGUCUUUGAUUUGUUCGAGCCUCCCGAGAAGCGUAGUGCAUCUGGUCUCCCUCUCCGAGAGAAGGAUGGCAAGACCAUGGUGGUGGGUCUUUCAGAACGCGCCUGCGAAGAUCUACAGGACUUUUCGAAACUUUACAUCGAAGCCAACAACAACCGCGUCACUGCCGCCACAAAGCUGAACGCACACAGUAGUCGAAGCCACGCUAUCCUAAGGGUCAAGGUGACCCAAACGACUGGGGACACCAUCCGCGAGAGCACCGCGUCUGCCAUCGAUCUGGCAGGCUCCGAAGACAACCGCCGGACGGACAACGGCAAGGAACGGCUGAUUGAAUCUGCCGCCAUCAAUAAGAGCUUGUUUGUCUUGUCUCAGUGCAUCGAUGCCAUUUCUCGUGGAGACAAGCGUAUUCCGUACCGCGAGUCGAAGAUGACGCGUAUUCUCAGCUUAGGCCAAAACAAUGGCAUCACCAUCAUGAUUCUCAAUCUUGCACCCAUUCGCAGCUACCAUCUUGAUACCCUGAGCAGUCUGAACGUCAGCUCAAGAGCAAAGCGGAUCGAGGUUCGGGAGAUCGAGAACGAAGUCGUCUUCAAGCAGGUCCCUCGCACUAACUCUGGCAACUCUGCCCUCACACAUCGUCAGCCUCUCCGCCCGCUGGCUAACGUCCAUAACAUCCACAGUGGCACCAUCGCGGCCAAGGAGAAGGAAAAGGAGAAGGAUGUGACGCGGCCGGUCAAGGCUUUCAACGUUUUUGCAGACCGCCACAAGCCAACCGCUCCUAUCCGCCCGGCUGCCAACACCACCCAACUCCGAAAACCGGCCGUGGUAGUGGACCGCGAACUGGCACCCAAGGUGACGAAGGUCACACGUCCUGCCCAGCCGGCUGAACAGAAACUGUCCAUUUCCGCCGAGCAGUUGGAAGCCUUGGUUGAGAAGAAGGUCAGCGAGAUUCUUCGGUCGAGGGAGAGCAAGACAGCCGAACCUGCCCCGGCACCUGCUCAUCCCGAUGUCAACGAGGCUGUGCAACGUCGCUUGGAGGCACUCGAGCGACGCAUCGAGAACGAAGAGCGCGAAAGAGACGAUACCCGAUCAGAGGGCCUGCGUUAUCUUUUGGCUGCUAGGCAGGCAAAGGAACGCGGUGACGAUGUUGGCGCACUCAAGAUGUAUGAGCUUGCCCUCCCUUUCUUCCCAGGCCAAGCGAAGCUGCUGGGCAAGAUUCAAAAGCUGCGAGCAAAAGUUGGAAACAACGUUGCUGCUGAGUUUGCCACAUCCCCAGGAACACGCGACAGACACGAGAAGAAACGCAGAAGGAUUUCGCACGAGAGCGAUGACGAGUUCGAACAAGCAGAGGCGGAUGAAGACAUGAGCUUUGUGGAUGUUGGCGCAAAGUCGAGAAGCCGAAAGGCCAACUCGACAAAAGUCAACAAGUUGAUCUUCCCCGAACCGAGUGGCCCGGCCUCCCCUCGAACGCAGUGUCUUUUAAGCAUUGUUAAUUCUCGCGACCUGGAUCAGAUCAAGAGCCUACAUGGUUUUGGUUCGAAGAAGGCCCGAGACCUUGUCGACCAUCUGGAGGCCAUGACUACUGAUGACCAGGGUGGCGCCAUUGAAUCUUUGGCGCAGUUGAGGACUAUCCCUGGAAUGGGUGGUCGUACUGUUGAUCGUGCUUAUGACGGUCUCGUCAGUGCUGUUUAA